AAACAUUUGAUUAUUUUGUUUAUAUCGAGUGCUAGUAGCAUUAUCUAAGCUGCAGAAAUGCUGCACUCACAGACAAUGCAAUCCAUACCCACUCUGCACCAGCCGCUACACUCCAAGGUAUCGAACUAUCUAAACAAUCAGCGAAGAACCGGACAAUUCUGUGACCUGCUCCUCGAACUGGAUUCGGAUGAUUCCCUCAGCUUAAGCGUCCAUUUCUGCGUACUGGCUGCUCAGAGCCAGUUUAUAAACUCUAACCAGAAGCAACAGCAGUUCUCCAUUCACAAUCCGCUGAAGAUCACCAUCCGUAAUUUCAGCUGCACCCAAUGCCUGCACACAAUUGUGGACUUCUUCUACGAGGAUUUGGUGUCCGUGUCCAAGGAGCACGAACUGCAUUUUAGGGAGCUAGCGCAAAUUUUGGCUGUGACAGAACUACUGAAUCUCUACCAGUUGCAGCCCUUGGGCGAGGCGAAGGAAGCAACGGAGAUCCCAGCACCUGGAGAGGCGCAACCAAAUCCAGAUCCAGAAAAGAAAGCGGAGGCUGUGUUUGAGAAUCGACAAAGUUACUUCAAGCUUAAGAACCCGCGAGCUGUAAAGUCCAGCAGCAAAGUGAACUACUGCAUUGGCUGCGACUUCAAGUGCUAUCAGGUACAGAAAAUGAUCGAGCACAUGGGCAGCUGUGAGCCCUCCCAUUUGAUUUGCUCGCUGUGCGAAGUCGGCUUUCUGGACUGGCGGGAAUACGACACUCACCUACGACGGCACUCUGGUGAUCUGCGUAAGCCCUUCUUUUGCUUACAGUGCGGCAUCCGCUUCAACACACGAGCUGCCCUGCUCGUCCAUCAGCCUAAGCAUUCCACGGAAACGCCGCACAUAUGUCCACAUUGCGGCAAGGGCUUCAAGUGGAAGCAGGGCCUGAGCAAUCACAUCCUGGUCCACAAUCCCGAGAAGCAAAUGCUCUGCGACGUCUGCGGCUAUAGCACCACGCACAUGAAGGCCCUCAAGUCGCACAAACUGCUUCACACCGGAGAAUUCUUUGCGUGCACAGUUUCAGGCUGCAAGCAUCGAGCCAAUCGCAAGGAGAACCUCAAAUUGCACAUUGAAACUCACAAACAGGGUCGCGAUUUUAUCUGCGAGGUCUGUGGCUGCAAGUUCAGCCAGAGCAAAAACCUCAAGCGUCACGCCCUCAAGCACACGGAGAAUGGUCCGAACCGCUACAAGUGCCAGCUGUGUGGAUUCAGCAGUCAUCGCUCCGACAAAAUGAAGGAGCACGUGCAGCGGGUUCACACAGAGAAACCGGUGCAGUUGGAGCUCUCGGAAACGGUGGACAGUAGCUUUCCCGAUGACUUUGAGCUUCCCGUGAUCGAAACGUCACCCAAGAAGAAGCCAAAGAGUGUUAAGAGCAAGACUAUAAGGAAUGUUAAUCCUGACAAGCGACUGAAAACACUACUGCCCAAGGAGACUGUAGAAUAGGAAUAAAACGGAAGGUUACCCCAUUCAUAACUUCUCAGAGAAAGAGAUUUGUGAGGCAAAGGUCAAUAGUAAAUAUUUAGAAUAACUAUGUUGAAAAGAGACUGUAUCAGCAAGUUUAGAACAUUUGCUAUAUUUACAAAAUGAGACGUGGGAUCUCUCGUUCUGAGUUCUAGUACAACAAAAUUGUAUCUAGAAUAUUCACGGAAACCCAGUUUCUUUUUAAAGCCAUUAAAAAAGAACCAUCGAGAAAUCUAAAGAUUGAUUUGCUACCAACGAAUUGUAAAUAAAGUGGUAUAUUGUGGCAGGUUCUUGAAACAACAUUGUUGAGGCCGUUCUAUCUUAUCUAAGAUGGUGACUACGAUCUAUUGCGUCGUUUGAAGACGAACUUUCAGAACGAAUACCUGCCAAAUGACUAACUAGAGCGAUAGUUAGCACCUUAUCAACGCCAGAAGGCUAUGUAUAUAUGUAUGUACGUAACAUUUGUUUAUAUAAAAUCCAUUAAACCAAAACAAACUGAAAGCUUUUCGCUAUUCAGAAAUAAACAAAUGCGUUGCCUGGUGGGAGGGAAGUGGGUCAACCGAUCAGGUUCUAAUGCACCAAAAUAAAUAUCCAUUAUGAGUAUAUCUUUUGUAAAUCAAAAAUGUUAUUCGAAUUAUAAUUAUUGCUAAAUUGUUUCUUGUGCCCU